AUGUUUUCUUCCAAAUCGGUACUCACCUUCAUCUUCACCCCAAUGAGCUUGGCCACUUCAAUCCAGCACCCUUCAACGCCACUCUCAUGGGACGUCUUCCACGCUCCCGAGCUUCCCGUUGUUGACCCACCACACAACUACACCAUCUCUCCUACCUCUUUCACACUCCUACACGGCCAGUCGUCCGCCGUCCUAGUUGACGCUCCAGUCAAUAUCGAAACCUCCCACGCACUAGCAAAGUGGGUUUCUGAAAUUAUCGGCAACAAAACCUUAACUCACAUUUACAUUACCCACGGACAUGGCGACCAUUUCUUUGGCAUCCCAGUUCUUCAACAACAUUUCCCUGAUGUGAUCGCUUUAGCCACUGAAAGAACUAUCGCACAUGUAGCUGAACAAUUGAGUUAUGGGGAAUUUGACGAGUUCUGGUCUGCCACAUUUCCUGACCAGAUGCCCACCCAGAAUGAAACAAUCCAGCCAUUGCCUCUCAAUGGGAAAUUUUACCUUGAGGAUCAUUUGCUUCAGGCCGUCGAAGUCGGACAGUCGGAUACAUAUAACACGACUGUUUUACACGUUCCUUCUCUAGAGCUUGUAAUAACUGGCGAUGCCGUGUAUGGAGAAUGUUUUCAGUAUCUUGUUGAGACCAAUACCGCGGAAUUGAGGGCAGAGUGGAUAAGAGCUGUUGAUAAGAUCGAGAGUUUGCGACCAAAAAUCGUGGUGCCGAGUCACAAGCAGGUUUGGGAUGGAUAUGGGACAGAGCAUUUUAAGAAGACAAGACAGUAUAUCAAAGAUUGGGAAACCUUGCUCGAAGUUGCGACGAGCGCCGAGGAUUUGAAGGAAAAAAUAACGGCUUUAUAUCCACAGAGAGUCGGGGACUGGAUCUUGGGAAUUAGCAUCGACGAGGUGUGUCCUAACCCGAAUAGUGUGAAGGGAAGAAAUUUCUUUCCGGCACCUAGGAUACAGUAA